UCCCCCCUGCAGGUAUUGACUCAUCAUUCAUAUCAUCGUCAAUUGGCCGUCCGUUUCGAAUCCAAUAAUAGCAAUCAAUUAUGAAGUUCCUCGCGGUAAUUGCAUUUGCUGCUACUGCCGUAACACUGAUCUCGACAACAUCCGGAGCCGAGCCAAGCCCCCUUUCCCUGCAGGAUGAUUUCAGUGAAUUUGUCGAACUGCUUCCGUUUGAUGAAAUCGUGGAUGUUACCAUCAACUACUUUCUGACCGAUAAGGACGUCCAGCAGGCUCUGCAAUAUCUCCUGGGACCGGAGUUUUCAGCCAUUUGGGAUCAAGUGUUUGCCCUGAAGGAAGUGCGUGAUGUGUUGGAUUAUUUGGAGGAGGCAGGAGUUGAGGCAUACGCGUUCUUCAACGAUAUAGCUGCUCUGCUCGGAUUGAGCCAAAUCAAACCUGCGAUGAAAAUUGACCAUCCGGUCAGUACUCGCAGUUUGAGUGAUUUUGUUGAUGCCAUACUUGCCUUACUGCCGGAGGAGGAACUGCUUGCUCUUUUCGAGCACAAACUUGAAACCAGUGCUGACUUCAAAGCAUUCUUCGAAAAAGUGAAAAGCACCGAUUUCCAGAAGCUGUUGGAGUUUGCUGAUAAUUCGACUGAGCUGAAGUCAUUGUUCCAGAAACUUCGGGAUCACGGGGUGGAUGUGGACAAAUUUUUCGAGCUUGUGAAAGGAUUCUUUGGCUGGAAUUUUUAAACUUCUGUUGUUAAUUGUUUCAUAAAUAGUUUUGGUAAAGUGAAUAUUUUUUGUAACAAAUAUACGAAAUGUUUUAAAACAUCA